AAAUAGGCAGAUUUAAAGAUAUGCACUAGACGACAACAUUUUACACAUUUGGAAGUACGUUAGACUUUUGAUAAGGACAAGAGAUGUUAGGAGCUAGCUUGAAAGUGUUGGUUUUGGUCGCUGUUCUGAUUUCAGUGACAGGUGGUCUAUCAUCGCGAGGGUCUUCAGGCGGAGGUCACGUGUACGAUGACAGUCCACAGGCCCGAGGUUUGUUCAAAGAUGCAGAUACAGACAAUAAUGAAUAUCUCACAUACGGAGAGUUCUUCAACAUAUUUCGCAGAUUUGACAACAACAGUGAUGGUGAGGUCACGAGUGUGGAAUUUUUGAACGAGUGGUUGAAUGAACGUAUUGGAACACCCGAACAGGCUAUGUAUUUGUUCACCAUCAUUGACUUGAACAAAAAUCUGGUCUUGCACAUAUCCGAAGAGGUCCCAAGCUUAUUUGUCUGGUUUGAUUUUAACUCGGACAUGAUGAUCACUGAUGGAGAAUUUGUCGUGCAGUGGGUGAAAAUAUCUACAUAAAAAACAUCGUAUUUACUCCCAAAUCGUAUAUUUGUAAACGCCUACAACCGAUGUCUCUCGAAAUAGUUUUGAAGAUAAUUAAAAAAAAUACAUAAUCAAAAGAUGAUGUUCAAUAGCCGAAUUUAAAUAAACAAGAAAAAUGUU